CCUCCCUGCUGCCCCGCGCUUCUUCAGCUCGCGAGGGCGACGGGGAGGCUGCGGCCGCCGGAGCCGGCAGCUCACCACGUUGCUUUCGAUGGGCUGCGUUGUGGCGUCGUGGGAUCGGGCCGCGCAGCGCCCCUGCGAGGCUGGAAAAGCCUUUGCCUGUUUCCUUCGGGGAGCAAAGCAGCGAUUAACUACAAAACAACCACCACCAUCUCAAACCCCGUUGAACUGAAGGGGACUGACUUCAGAGUACACGUGCAUAGGAUCGGGCCGUCAUUUUGCCGCUGUCCAGAAGCUGGGAGGGCGAGGGCGCCUCGCCAAAUCUUGCUCAUUUAUCUGGGAGUAAGAAUAGGCAUUUAACAAGAGAUAUAUUUCCAACAAACUUUUAAAAAUUCCUGUACGUUUCAAUAGCUGCCUAUCACUUAGAAAUCCACCUAGUUGUUGUUAUUGUUAUUAUUAUUAUUAUUAUUGAUUGAAUUUAUUUACUGCCGUAUACCCGGAGGUCUCAGGGCGGUUCACAGAAUACGAUAAAAAUAUAAAACCACAAAAUACAUAAUCAAAAUAAAAACAGCAGCCCAAUAACACCCCCCCCCAAUUUAAGAGCAUAGGAUCCUCACAACAUUUAAAGUAAGUUGUCUCCAUCUCUGCAUCUCUACCUGUAGAAUGCCUGCCUUCUGCUAUGCAUCUCUGAGAGGUGCAAACUUUCCAGUUGCUCAGAAAUCUUUACCAAUAGGAAUGGAAAUGGAGCCAGUGAAUGGACUGUUAAAAACACACACACAAAAACCCCUCUUACUCUUGCUGCAGUUAUUGUGCUAGAAGGGAUUUUACCUUUUGAGAUUAAACAGCUCAUCCUAGGGGGAUACCACUGUCCCAUUCCCCCACCCCUGCAAGGCUUCUGUGCUCCUAACAGUGAUAUAUGAAAGGCAGAAUUUCAACUGGCACAGCUUUUUCCUGACAUAGACAUGCAGCAAAAGGAAUGGCUCCAGCCUCCACCUGACAGAGCUUCAGUCCAUUUUUAGAUAGUGAGAACCUCAGUAGGCAUCGCCCAUAGGUGUAUGUGCUGGCAUGAGAAAAAACCCACAGAAUGUGCAGAGCAAGAAGAAAAGGUGGAUAUCAUAGUUUCUUUCUGUUGCUAGAUUUGAACAAUGGUUCUCUUCUGGAUAACUUAUUAAUUAUUUGACAGCUUGCUUCUCUCUUGGAGUCUAGAGACCUGUAUCAGUUACUUGACUGCUGUGUGAGAAAAAUUCUCAGUGCAGUUUGCAGGGGGAAUAUUGUUAUUCUUAAAUGUAUAGCCAAACCAGAUGCAUAUUUGAUGUUGGUAGUAAAUUAGGCUUAAUAAUGCAAGCAGCAUCAUUACCAAAGCAAGGCUCUAUGGACCUGAAAGCACAUGCUACUGACUACAAUAGCAAUUCUGACUCAACAUGUAUAGGAUUGGACUGGUAAAUUAACGAGGAAGUUAAGUUUUUUCCUUUAGGAUAUCAGGCCUGUGCUUUACUUCUCUGUACUUUCAACACAAGUGGCUUCUCACUUUUGAUCCUGUUUGAGAAAGUUGUGCAGACUUAAACUCUUUGUGUAGUGCAAUCCUGCGAAUGCCCAAGGCUGCAGUCCUAUGCGGGAUCCACUUACCUAGGGGUAAGCUCCCCCAUCCCUUGGAAAACAGUGGCACUUACCUCUUAGUGGCCAAGCGCAGAAUGUUGCUGCUGGUUUCUUUAUGACUGCCUGACAAUGAUUCACUUUUCAGCAUUCAUGUCAUUCAGAGAAAUACAACACUUCCUUUGCACUGAGCUAGGAAGUGGCUUUCAUAUACAGCUGUAUAGGAGUGCCUCUCUGGGGGUUGGUGCUUCAAGUAAGUAGUUAAAGAAAAGCUCAAGGAUUGAGUUGGGUAAGAUUCAUUUUAUAAACAGAAUAGCCUGAAGACGUUGAACUUGUAGGACUACAUUUCCCAUCAGGCUGCAAGCAAGCCCAGGAAAGGUGGGAGGGGAAUACAAAGAGAGCUAUACCUGGCCGUGCAGGUAAGAGAAAAGGGUGAAUAACAGGUGAACAAAAGUUGGUGUCGAGGUUUACUACUGCUUUAAGAUAUUGCGGAGGGUUUUAAUGUUUUACUGCAUUGAGCAAUGACUGUCCCUUCUGUGGUCUGAGGAAGGGAAAUUUUUGCUGGAGCAAGAGUUGAAAGGAGGAAUUGUGGAAAGGGGAACUGAUGGUGGCUUCGAUGUUACGCUCGCUGUGAUAACGAGGAAGCAGUUCUGCAAGGGGGCAGGCGCUGGAAAGAAAGGUUUCUCUUUGUUACUGAUAAACCUACGAAGGGAAAAUACAGGAGUGUGUGGGCUGGAAAAACUGCUCUUUCUCUCUGCUGCUCAUACCAGUCCUAAUGACUUAUAAAUGCACACUUUCUACCUGUUGUCCUUGGGUGUAAAAAGAUAUCUGCUCACCAUGAGAGAAUAGCUUCUUUGUGACAGCAGUGCUGACAAGACAGUGCCUACUUGUUCUAAUUUUUCUCCCAGCAAAAGCUGACCUCUCUCUUAGUACUGUGGAUUAUAUGAAUCGUGCUUUCUCAAGAGUGUCAUGAUAAAGAGGUUGCUUCAUGCUAUCGGGUGAUUCAUCCAGCAUAGGUAGAAGUAGAUCUCAGGCUUGUGUGAUCUUUGUUAGUUUUUACUAUAAAAAACCCCUGAGGAGAAGCAACUGUGAGGGUGCAAAAUGGCGGUUUGGGGUCAGCUGGGGCAACUAGGUAUAAAGUGGUGAUUUAGGGGGAUGAGCUACCUGCCGAGUGCAUCCAAUGCUCAAAUUAUUUGGGGGGUGGGGAGAAGUAGAAGGGCCUUUAUGAAAUCCACAAGCCUCAACCCUGAUCACCACAACUUCUGCCCAAUUCCCCGCUUGUACACAGUACCUAAGAGAGUGGGACCCCCAUCUUCCCACCCCAACCCAAUAAUUUGAAAACUAGCUGCAUUUUAAAAUGUGCUAGAAUGACCUGCAUAUAAAAGAAAAGAAAAAAAGACACGGCAUUUUAGACCUUUGAUUGCCAUUGCUAAACAACUGGGAGACAGAAACCCUUGCAAAUCCACUGCAUAUCACUCUGUUUUGUCCUGGCCCCAGAUUUAUGUAGGCACAUCAUGCAGAACACCCAACACCUCCAGUUCAAAAGAUAACAGGCAGCAGGAUUAAAGUUUACCCUGCCAAUGCAGAUGAUGUCUGUUGUUAUUAUUAUACCCAUAUUGGAGCUGUGGGCCGACAGCAAAUUCACACCAUCCCUUCUAAGCCCAUUCAACACACGUAUCAACUGUAUGGAUUCCCCCAAAGCAUCUUGGGGAGUGUAGUUUUUGGGAAAGGCAUGUGUUUUAAAUGUGUGUUGAAUGUGCUUUAAAUGGAGAGUGUGGGUUGCCCAAUGCUGCUACUCCCACUUCGCUGCAGGGCAGGGGGGAGUUAGAGUAGUGUACAACAACCCUGAUGUGUAGUCCAGUGUUAUGCUGGUGUUUUGCUUUUGUUCAGUAAGUGGGUAGGAAAUGCUGAAAAGUUGAGCAUAAUUAAUUAAGGGUUAGAGGGGGACAUGGGAGCUAGGGAAAUUAAGGUCUUCAGCCAUGGAUGGAAAGAUGUCUGAAUGAGAAACAAUGGAGAAAGCAAGUUUUUUCUGAUUUUGACAAAGAGGAAUGGCUAAGGGGCUCAGAAUGAAGCUAGCGGGGCAGGCUGCCUUCUGCUGUCCAUCAGCAUUUACUGCCUGAGAUGAUUGCCUCCCUCUGCCUAAUGGCAGGGCCAGCCCUGAUAGGAUUGCAGGCUACAUUGCCAGCUUCAGCUUUAAACCUAAAAAGGUAUGAUUUCCCUGUAACGCUGCUCCAGUGGCCUAUACAGGCUUAUUACAAAACAAGAUGGGGCUGAACUGGACAGAGCCAGGCUGCCACUUGAAACCCUGUCAUUACGAAAACCUGACCUGCCGGAGGUAGAAUGAAAGCCCUCUAGCAAACUCCACACACUCCUUUGCCACUCAGUAGUUAGGCGAAUUUUUCCAUUGUCUUUAAGAGUAGCUGCAAAUAACAAUAACAACUAGGGACCAAAGUACCUUAAGGGCUGUCUCCUUAUCAGUGGCGUAGCGUGGGGGGUGCAGGGGGGCCGGCAGCACCGGGCGCAACAUCUGGGGGGGGGCGCUCGCACUCACAGCUCUCUGCCCCUGCUAAAAUCCACGGGUUAGGGGGCGCAAAUUACUUGCCUUGCCCCGGGUGCUGACAACCCACGCUACGCCACUGCUCCUUAUGCUCUAUCUUGACCAGUGAGCUCUCUGUUGAGGCACUCCAGGUGCUUCCUCACGCUCCUCUGGUUUGGUUGACCGAGCCUUUAGUGUGGCAUGCCCUGUGGGACUCCCUGCCACUGGAGGUUUGGCAGCAACCAUCGCUCCCUUCUUGCAGAUGUCUUUUGAAUAAUACAUUACUUCAAAAGGACUUUGCAACAUGAAUUUUUCCUUUUCAACCGAUUGGUAUUUGUUCAUGUUUUUACAGAUGCUUUCUGUUGAUUUUAUUUUCAUAUGCUGCAUACUGCCUUGAUAUUUAUUUAUUUUUUAAUGAAAGCGCAGCGUAUAAAUAUAUAAACAGAUAAACAAACAGUAGGAAGAGGGAGUGCAACGAUGAAAUGUUGCAGUGCGAAGUACUUCCGCCAGCAGACUGACACUCUUUGGGCCCAGUAUCUCUGCUGAGUGGUACAACAUGAUCAGGAAGAACAUAAGCUCCUACUAAUUAAAUGGUAUUUGGAGUCUGGCAGUUCUUUGCACUCAUUCUUGCUCACACUAUUCUAGGGCCAAGUCGUUCAGGGCUCCAGAAGAUCAUGGCUUUCUCCGGUUCUGACAUGGAUGAGGCUUUUGACUACUUGUUCAAGAUCAUUCUGAUUGGAGACUCUAACGUGGGGAAGACGUGUGUGGUCCAUCGCUUCAAGUCUGGGCAAUACCACGCAAAGCAGCAAAACACUAUUGGAGUGGACUUCACGGUACGUUCGCUGGAGAUUGACAGCAAGAAAGUGAAGGUGAGUGGCACAGUCUCCUUUCUCCACUGGUGGGCGUGGGCAGGUGGGCAUGGCUUGCCCAAAAUAGCCUCACAGGCCAAACAGGAGGCUUGGUGGGUCUCAAUAGACUCGUGGACCAGAGGUCCCCAGCGGUAGCUGAUUGUUGCAUCUUAAAUGGCGUCUUCAUUUCCCAAGGAGGCUGAAAUAAAUGGAAGUCCUGGAAAUAAUGAAAUUCAUGUUGAUCAACUUAAACAUCAUUUAGGCUAUAACCCUAGACUGCACAUCAAAGUGCAAGUAGAUAAACAGGUACCGCUCCAGCGGGAAGGUAAACAGUGUUUCCGUGUGCUGCUCUGGUUCACCAGAAGCGGCUUAGUCAUGCUGGCCACAUGACCCGGAAGCUGUACGCCAGCUCUCUUGGCCAGUAAAGCGAGAUGAGCGCCGCAACCCCAGAGUCGGCCAUGACUGGACCUAAUGGUCAGGGGUCCCUUUACCUUUUUACCUGCUUACCUGACCUGAGAGCAAGUCCUUUUGAGCACACAUGGGGCUUACUUCUGAUUAGACCCACAGGAUUGCACUGUGUAAAUAGAUUAAAGAGGUGAUCAACUGGAGAUUUUGAUGGCAAUUCUUGCAAGUUGACUAUGGGCUAAAUGUGUUUGUGGAUAAAUAUGACUGCAGUCUGGAGACUGUAUUUCAACUCACUGCUCUUUCUGUUCAGUAAACUUAGGUUGACUUGAAGGAUCAGUCUCUGGGAGAAAGCUAAUUUUAUUUCCUUGUCUCUUUCCCCAACUUCCACUCUGCCUUUCAGAUACAGGUGUGGGACACAGCAGGUCAAGAACGCUUCCAGACUAUAACCCAGAGUUAUUAUCGCAGUGCCCAUGGGGCUAUUCUUGCCUACGAUAUGACCAGGAGGUCUACUUUUGAGUCAAUUCCUCACUGGAUUCAUGAGAUUGAAAAAUAUGGUGCUGCCAACCUGGUCCUGAUGUUGAUUGGUAGGUGAUAAAUUCUACCACCAAUAGCAUGAGUUUAAACUUAUCUGCUUUUUCUUGGUCAUUAAUUUUGAAAUUUAUUUUUAAAGCUGAAGCAAGCAUGCAUAGUCCUUUUUUCUGAACUAGGAGGAGAGAACCAAGAGAAAUGGAUGAGCUCAGAAGGAUACUACUUCUAAGGGACAUGGGUGGCACGGUGGUCUAAACCACUGAGCUUCUUGGGAUUGCUGAUUGGAAGGUUGGUGGUUCGAAUCCCCAUGAUGGGGUGAGCUCCCAUUGCUCUGUCCCAGCUUCUUCCAAACUAGCAGUUUGAAAGCACACCAGUGCAAGUAGAUUAACAGGUACCACUGCGGCAGAAAGGUAAAAGGUGUUUCCGUGCACUCUGGUUUCCGUCAUGGUGUCCCAUUGCACCAGAAGUGGUUUAUAGUCAUGCUGGCAACAUGACCUGGAAAGCUCUCUGUGUACAAAAACCAGAUCCCUCGGCCUGAAAGUGAGAUGAGUGCCGCAACACCAUAGUUGCCUUUGACUGGACUUAACCGUCGAGGGGUCCUUUACCUUUACCUACUACAAUAAUUUAUUACUUAUACCCCACCCAUCUAGCUGGGUUGCCCCAGCCACUCUGGGUGGCUUCCAACAUAAUAAAAACACAGCAAAACGUCAAACAUUAAAAACUUCCCAAUACAGGGCUGCCUUUUGAUGUCUUCAGAAAGUUGUGUAGUUGUUAAUUUGUUUGACAUCUGAUGGGUGGGCGUUCCAUAGGACGGGCACGACUACAAAAAAGGCCCUCUGCUUGGUUCCCUGUGACCUUACUUCUUGCAGUGAGGGAACCACCAGAAGGGCCUCAGAACUGGACCUCAGGCUGAACGAUGAGGGUGGAGAUGCUCCUUCAAGUAGACAGGGCUGAGGCCAUUUAGGGAUUUAAGGGUCAGCAUAAUCACUGUGCUCAAAAAUGCCCUGGCAGCCAAUGCAGAUCUUUUAUGACCAGAGAUAUUUGGCCCCAGUGAUCACUUCUGACUUUCCCAUUUGUCAGAAUAGACUCAACUGACUAUAUUAAGGAUCUAGUUAUAAGUUAGGAGAUAAUACUUGCGAGUAGGUAAAUCCCAUGGAGCUAAAUGGGAACCCUGCAGCACCCCACUUGUUGCUUUUUUCCAGGAUGACAAGAAAUCAUUAAUGAGUCCUAUUUGGGUUCAAACCACUACAAAUCCACCUAACAGUUACCUUGUUCAACUCACAUUUUACCAGCUUCCUCACAAGGAUAUCAUGGGGGACUGGCUUUGAUUUGAUAGCCGUAACUCAGUUUUAAUCUUGUUGCAGCAUGUCUCCUUUAUGCCGCUUAGAGACAGCUGUGGUUGAGUGGCACGCAAAUGGUUGAAUAAUAAUAAUAAUAAUUUAUUAUUUGUACCCCGUCCAUCUGGCUGGGUUUCCCCAGCCACUCUGGGCGGCUUCCACAAAGACCAAAAAUACACUAAGUUGUCACACAUUAAAAACUUCCCUGAACAGAUGUCUUCUGAAUGUCAGGUAGUUGUUUAUCUCUUUGACAUCUGAUGGGAGGGCGUUCCACAGGGCAGGCGCCACUACCGAGAAGGCCCUCUGCCUGGUUCCCUCUAGCUUUGCUUCUCGCAAUGAGGGAACCACCAGAAGGCCUUCAGUGCUGGACCUCAGUGUCUGGGCAGAACGAUGGGGGUGGAGACGCUCCUUCAGGUAUACUGGGCCAAGGCCGUUUAGGGCUUUAAAGGUCAACACCAACACUUUGAAUUGUGCUCAGAAACAUACUGAAGUACAUAAAUAAACCAUGACCCAUGCUGCUUGAUGUAUGUAUCCUAAAUGUCGCUGAAACCUUCUUAAUCCAUUUCAAAGGGAACAAGUCGGAUGAAGCAGAGAAGCGCCAAGUCCUGUUUGAAGAUGCUUGCACUCUAGCGGAGAAGCAUGGCAUCCUUGCUGUAUUGGAGACAUCCGCCAAAGAGGCCCAGAAUGUUGACGAAGUCUUCAUACUCAUGGCUAAAGAGCUGAUGGCCAGGAACACCUUGCAGCUGCAUGGCGAGGCUGCCUAUUCAGAUACCAUCCAUCUGGACAGCAGGCCAGUGGUUUCUAAUUGGGAUGAUGAGAAGUCCAACUGCUCAUGUUGAUGAGGUGCUUCAAGGAGAAGAAGCAACCAGGGGCCUGUUUUUGUUUUAAGAAUCCCCCUGCUAGCCUCAUUUUGCCAGCCUGAUAACAUUUCAGCCAGGCAACUUCGACUUCGUGUCAUUCUUCAGAAGCAGAGGCCACCCUUUGUUCUGACGGGUUGCAGUGGCUGAGACUGGCAGUGCUACCUUUUCAGCUGAAGAGAAGGAAGGUCUAUUGGAAACCAUUUGCUUAAGUGGACAGUUAACUACGGUAUUUUUUGCCCAGUCAGGUGUCUGUUUGUUUCUACCAAUGGCUGUGGAAAAUAAUGGUGUGUUUACUUGCCAGUAACUACAAUCUCUUCUUGUAUAUGUUAGCUUUUAAUUGGUGGUGCCAUUGAUAACCGUUGGCAGCCGGUGUAGUGAAAUGUUAAAAGAAUGGCCAUGAAUGGUUGCAUCCCAGAUGACUCCUUUACCAAGCGGCCCAGUGCUUUUGUAGCAAUCUCAGAAACUUGAUUAAUCAAGGGCAGUUGGUCUUUUUUAUCAGUUUUAUUAGGAUUCUCCCUGCCUCUCCUUGCCAUCAAUGGCUAGCCUUUAUGAAGAUGUUUAAGGGGGAUUUUUUGUGUUCCUGUUUCCUUUCCUCACUCCGACUGAUGGCAAACAAUUCAAAGUAAAAAGCGUUUAUAUGAUGUUCCCUUUUGGAAAUUUGAAUCGACUGAAGUUGUUACACCAGAGUUUUCCAACUACGUGUAAUAUUGUUUUACAUCUACUACAAGUUUUAUCAAAGAAAUCCCUGGUUUAGCCUAGGGGGCAUCUGGUCCAUAGGCCUCUUUUUAGGCCUUGUGGCACAUUUGGAGUUUUUAGCAAGUGCGGUGGGUGUCAUUUCUCUCUCCCUCCACCCCCCCACCCCGCAUAAAGAGCCAGUGGAAGAGAGCACAUCUGCACACAAUUCACUUUUCGUGGGAUGUGGGUGAAAGUUGGAUUCAGUAGAAUUUGAGUCAUGGAAAGCCCAUAGAUCUGAAAGAGGAAGUGGCAAGGAACAUGACUCUUCCAACUUCCUCCUAUGCACUUACUAAGGGAGAAAAUGGUAAUCACCCUAAGCCCCUCAUGACCAAGGGGGGAGGGUUUUGUGGGUUCCACAGAAGCCACAUUAGUGACCUGUGAUGUAGUCUAACGUUCUCUUGCCAGGCAGUUGCCUCAAGCAAAUUUGCCUCAAGCAAAUCAGCCACUGCCCUUCUCAUUCACUGGGCAUCUGCAUACAGUAAUGUAGGAGGAUAAAAUCUAAGACAGGAGCCACAACCACAUCCUGUGGCAGUGGAUUCUACACAGUGAUGUGUUAAAUAGUACUUCCCUUUCUUUCUGUCUGUCCGGAAGCAAUGGAGUCUCAACUUCAUGCUGUGACCUUGAGGUCUCUUCUUAGAAGGGAGGGAAAUCUCUGUCCCUUAUCAGUGCAUGAUGUUGGCUCAGGAAUAACUAAGUAUAUAGAUAGGAGAAUUCCUGGAUUGCAAAAUCCAAGUUUGGGGCAAGUACUCAUUGGUGAGAGAACCCCAGCAGAGAUUUAAAACCACAAAGCAAUGCAACAACAUAAGGCAUGGAAAUAUAGGCUGUUAAGACUUUUAAAAUAUGCCUUUCUAUGUGAGUUCCAAAAUAGUUGCCUCUUCUCCCAGCAUAGGAAAAGACCAUGUUUAGUACGUUAAAAAUGGUUUACUUACAAACUCUCCAAAGGUCAGAUUCACAUGCUUUUGCAUACAUCAGUCAGAAAGGCCGCACAGGCAGUAAAACUUAGUUUAGUUCCAAGGUGGUGAAAGUUAUUAUUGGUAAUAAUUAUUGGUUUAGGAACUCAAGAGUGGCUUGAGAGAGCCAUGCGGUCUGAACUGGAGAAGCCAGCUUGGACCUCACAUCUUGAGUUUCUCAGGUAGACUUGUGAAGGGGAACAACCUAGGAUAAGCCUGACAGGACAUCUUGCUCUAUGGUCUUCACCCUUUCAUGCAUUACUUAAGACUUAAGCAUGUUGGUUAAAUAAGAAUGAGACUGGUUAUCCCACACAUGAAGGGAGCGCCACACAGAAUUGCUGGAGUAGCUCAAGGACCUCCUAGCCAGCAACAGUGACAGCCACUUGUAUUCACCUAAUUAUUUCCACAUUAGCAAAGUCCCCAAAUAAACAGGACAGCUAGCUCAUGCUUCUGCCUCUAUAGUUUAUGCAUGUGCAUAAUGCUUGGGCUACAGUGGAUAUAAAAAUCUGUGAAUUGGCCCAAAAAAUUAGUUUUUACUGUUGCUGAUAAUUAAGUUGUAAAAAGUACUGCCAACAACAAUGGGGGGGUGGGGGAGAGAGAAAAGAAAUAAAUGAAGCAAUUGCUGUUCACCCCACUACCACUUCUCAUGACCCAGUUUGUGCAUACAUGUGAACUGAAUUGCAACCACUUUGACUGUUUUCAGCCUGAGGGUAGAGUGAGUCUUUUUAGCAAUUUGUAUGCUGUUCUGGGAGUGUUUUUCGGGUUAACGCCUGAAAUAAGGCUGUUUCUCUCAUCCUUCCAAGGCACUCUCAUGCAACUACUACGAAUGACCACAUAAUCUGAAAGGUGUACUGAGGCACAAAAUGCCUAUGAAAAAGGGAUGCAGCAUGUCAGCAGAUAGCAUUGUACUAAUUCCAAUAGUUUAUACCACCAUAUUUAUCUCUGAAUACUUGUGUGUCUGAACACAUGCCUCAACCUAGGGAAAACAUUUUACCCGACAUCUUCGUGAAUCUCAUUCAUUUUGAUAGUAGCACCUGCCUUUGAAACACAGAUUAGGUCAGCAUUUUCUGAUUUAAGGCAGUUAGAUCUCAUUGACUACAACGUGACAACCUGACAUUACACAUUUUACUCCCAGUUCAGUGGCAAGGAUUAAAGCAUAGGUCUCAU